GUUAUUGUUUUCAAGUUUGACAAAAGGAAGACAUGAAGUACGUCUUUGGUUUAUUUAUUUUGUCUACGAUCACCUUAAGUGAAGGCAGUACGACAGUUACGACAAAACCAGGAUGUCCACCAAUUGAUCCACGAAUCAGGUGUGUUCAUUUUCACGAACAAUGUAAAUCGGAUUCAGAAUGCAAGCCAGGACAGUUAUGUUGUGGAGAUAAUUGCGGAACGAAUUGUAGAGAACCCUCUCCGCUACCACCAACUCAGCCAAAUACAUGCUGGCUCCCAAAAGAUCAAGGACCAUGUUUUGCAGCCAUACCUCGAUUCUAUUAUGAUUCCAACACUUACAAGUGUAGGAAGUUUAUCUAUGGAGGAUGUAAAGGGAAUGCUAACAAUUUCCAAACUAAAAAGGAAUGCAAUCAGGAAUGUAAAAAGUCAGUUUGUUCAUUACCAAAGGAUCAAGGACCCUGCGAAGGAUAUUUCAAGAAAUGGUACUACAACGCAGCAACAGGGAAAUGUGAAAAAUUUAUUUAUGGCGGUUGUAAAGGAAACGGAAAUAGAUUCAAUCGUUAUAGGGGUUGCAUGAAAACUUGCAAAGGAGUCACAACACCACCACCAUCACCAUCGCCACCAUCGUCACCACCAACUGAUCCAGUAAAAUCAAAGCCUGGUUUGUGUCCGAAACCAAGCGGCAUAGCUGGUAUUUGUGUAGAAGAAUGUGGAGGAGAUUUUAAUUGCCCGGGAUAUCAGAAAUGUUGUUCUAACGGAUGCGGACACUUUUGUACCAAUCCUGCAGGACCAUCUCCCUCGCCUCCACCACCACCACCAAGGCCAACGUUUCCGCCUCAUUCAGUUUGUGAAAAAGGAACGCCAUUCCCCAACAUUAACUGUGGAUUUGGAUUAGGCAUAAAUCCAUGCCCACGUGGUUAUUACUGUAAAAUCGAAGCAACGGACCAUUAUGCUGUAUGCUGCCAAAAUCCCUGUUCAUAUGGAAGACCACAUCCUACGUUAAGUUGUGGAAUGAUGGUCGGAUCUAACAGAUGUCCAAAUGGAUUUUCAUGUGUAGCAGGGGCUGCUGAUGAGUUUUUUGCAUGUUGUCCAACAAGACCAUCACCAACGCCUCCUCCGCCUCCCCCACCACCGUUUCCGCCUCAAUCAGUUUGUGAAAAAGGAACACCAUUCCCUAACAUCAACUGUGGAUUAGGACCAGCCAGUAAAACAUGCCCACGUAGCUAUUACUGCAAAACUCACCCAACAGAUCAUUACGCAGUAUGCUGUCAAAAUCCCUGCUCAUACGGAGUACCACAUCAAACGUUAAGCUGUGGAAUGGUGAUUGGAUCUAACAAAUGUCCUUCUGGAUAUUCCUGUGCAGCAGGUGCUGCUGAUGAAUUCUUUGCAUGUUGUCCAACAAAACCUUCACCAUCACCGCCACCGCCACCAACACUUCCUGGUGAGUACGAUACAAACUUUACUAUUAAUAUAAAUGUAAUGUUAAACAGUUAA